AUGGCAACUGGAGCCUUAACAUUACGAUUACAAGGUAAAAGUGCCAAUACACCAUCUCCAUCUGAUUUAUAUAAAAAAGUUACUGCUAAUAUGAAGUCACAAGGUCUUUUAGUCAUCAUUUUUAUUGCUUUUGGGAGUGUAUCUUGCCAUUACCUUAAUGACAUGUUGGACGAGUUUAGAAGGAAGAGAUAUGACGAAACUGAUGAAAACAAUGAAAUUGAAAAUGACUCUACAAACUCCAUUGAUAUUGCUACAAUCAAUGGAAAACUCAAAAAGAAGCCAGUCGGACAACAUAAGGGAGAUCAUCUCGCUCAUGAAGACAUUAUGUUCCAAAAAGGCGAAGAAGAAGCCGUAUUCGGAACAAAAUCGUCCAGAGACGAAGAAUCAUCUGAGGGAGCUGCAAAAGACGCAAUAGUAGAAACUCAUAAGAGAUGGACAUUGCCUGUUCCAUAUCAAAUCGAUGGAAGUUUAGGCUCAACGGCAAGGUCUGCGAUUUCAAGCGCCAUUUCUGAUUACGGUUCAAAAACGUGCAUUACUUUUCGCCCUAGAAGAUCUGGAGACACUAGCUACUUGUCAUUUUUUAAAGGGGACGGAUGUUGGAGUUAUGUUGGUCGAAAAGGAGGGGAACAACAAGUGUCUUUGGGUUCAGGAUGCGAGCACAAAGCCACGGCUAUCCACGAGAUCAUGCACGCUUUAGGCUUCUGGCAUGAACAAUCAAGAACAGAUCGGGAUAACUACGUUCAAAUCCUCCUCCACAACAUCCAACAGGGUUCGCAUUUGGAAAAAUUGUAA